GGGGCUUGUGGAGCGUUUCGUCAUGGAUCUCACAUCCGUCCGUCUCCUGCUCAUUCUUGGUCUUGUUGUUGCCGCCCAAGCUCAAAACUGUGAGAGACCUGUGCCCGGAGCCAACAUGGGCUUGAAGGACGAUUCCAUUCUCUUGGAAACGUUCCUGAAUGGCGCUGUGGCCUCUUUCAGGUGUGAUGUUGGCUACACGUCUGCAGGAGGGUCCUCAUCCGUUACUUGUGGAGACUGCAGCUGGAGUCCUGUGAAGCUGAAAUGCGAGAGAAAGAGCUGUGGCUCUGCUGGAGAAGUUGAUCACGGGAACGUUGAUUACCCUAAAGGGAAUCAGUUUGGCGAUAAGGCUGUGCUCAGCUGCAACAGAGGGUACAAUAUGGUUGGCGGUAGCGGAGCAACACGCUUUUGUGGAGACCAAGGGUGGACGGGCAGGUUUCCUGAAUGUCAAGCAAUAAAUUGUGAUCCGCCACAGGGGAUCCAAAAUGGCGAUUUCAUCCCAAAAAAAGAAGACUUCUAUGGAAUUUCAGAGGUUGUAAAAUACACCUGCCAAAAACCGUAUACACUCAAAGGUUCCAAAUCCUUAACAUGUUCAGAGGCUGGGGUAUUCAAGCCUGAUCCUCCAGAGUGUAUCAAUGUUAAUUGUGACGAGCCUGUUGUUGAAAAUGGUAAAUUAUCAGGUUCUCGACCCCCCCAUAAACACUUGAAUAGUGUGACGUUCCAGUGCGAUGCCGGAUACUUCAUGGUGGGAGAGAGGACACAGACAUGUGACAUAAAUGAGAAAUGGUCACCCGGACUUCCAAAAUGCAAAGAGAAAGUGGCUGCCACAACUAAAGCUACCACCACCACCAGCAGCAGCACCACCACCACCACCACACCUUCAGGGAAACAAAAGGAAGUAAGCAUUAGCGUCCUGGUGGUCCAGCUGUACGUGAUGUACUAA